AGGUCGCUGGCUUCAAUCUCGUUCGCAGCCAAUAUUACUGCAGUUAAAACAUUUGGUUUCCGCGCAACAGUCACGAUGAAGUCCGGCCUCUCACCAUCGACAUCACCCUUGCGAUUCCUUCGCAGCACCAACUUCCUCGGCGCAAGCCAGACACGAUGGCUCCAUAAGACGAGACCAGCCCCGAAGGUCCCACAGCCGCGGCCUUUCGUCCCCGACGUUCAGACUUUUCUUACACUCAUUGGCCGCGGCCUGAACAAGCACGCAUCCAAAUUCCCGUCGUGGGAGUCUCUCUUCUCUCUUACCUCCCCACAACUGAAAGAGCUGGGCAUCGAGCCGCCUCGCAACCGAAAAUACCUUUUGCAAUGGAUGCAGAGAUAUCGCAAUGGAGCAUUGGGACCGGGCGGAGACUUCAAGUAUGUCAAAGACGGCCAGGCUCUGCUGAAAGUCGCUACCCCGCCAGCGUCCGUCAUCAGCGACGCAAAAUAUGUAGUCAACGUGCCUCAAGAGGAAGAAGCUGUUAUUGGAGACUCAGAAGUCCUGCCACGGCCCAAUGGCUACACAGUCAGGGGAACCAGGUCAAUAGCAGGUCCAUAUGCGAUACCGCUGCCGCAGCAGGCUGGCGCAACUGUCAAGGCCACGGAGGGCAUGUGGGAACACCGCCAAGGUCGCAAGAUUGACGGUGGUGAGAGAAGAAGGGCAGAGAUUCGAUUCAAGAGACGGUCGGUGGAGCGAAGGGCUGAGCGUGAGGCGGAAGCAUUGGCUGGCUUGUAAAAGGAGUGUGUCUGGAAGGACUGUGAUGGCUGGCGCAUUGUAUAUUAUGAAAAUCAUGUAACAAACUGUUCUUAUCCGAGUUCCAGCGGUUGGAAUGCCUCUAUCUCAUUAUUCGCUGAUAUUAUACACCAGGGUGUGGUGGUGAACUGCG